UCCAAAGAUAAAUACAGAACAAAGAUUGAAAAAAAAAACUAUGGAGAUUAGGACACGACGAAGACGUCCGCACAUACCUGAGAUAAGGGUGGAACAGAAGGAAGAAGAGGAGCAACCGCUUAGCCCAGCUGCGCGUCUGUUUCAGGCGCCGGAGUUUAACUGUAACAUCAUAUCGGUGGUUGGUUUGAAGAGCAAGAUCAAACCAGAUGUGAUUAUCGAAGGAAUAAAGCAAACUUUGAUUAGACAUCCUCGUUUCUCCUGCAAAUUGGUGAAAACUGGUAACAGCAAAAGACAAGAACAAAAAUGGGUUCAGACAAACGUGGUGGCAGAGGAUCAUGUCGUCAUUCCCAAAAUCGAUAUGCAUAACAGAGAGAACGCAAACGCCUUUCUCGAUAGCUACGUCUCUGACCUGACUACGAUCCCAUUAGACAUGUCCAAACCAUUAUGGGAAGUUCACUUACUCGACUUAAGAACGUCCGAGGCUGAAAACGUGGCCAUUUUGAAGAUCCAUCACUCUGUUGGCGAUGGUAUGUCUCUGAUGUCUCUAGUCCUUGCUUGUACACGUAAAACAUCGAAUCCUGAUGAGCUACCGAGUCUACCGAACCAAAAACGUUUGUUGUCUGGAUCAAAGAGUUAUUCCCGGUUAUUGUGGCUGGUUAGGGCUCUAUGGUCGGUGGUUAUGUUGGUUUUGAACACUUUUUAUGAUGCUUUGGAGUUUAUUGCUACGGCAAUAUUCCUUAAGGACACUGAAACACCGAUCAAAGGCAAUUUCCAGUUAAGUACGAGUAAGCGGAUGUGUUGCGUUCAUCGUACCGUAAGUUUUGACGACCUAAAGCUUAUCAAGAACGCCAUGCAAAUGACUGUCAACGAUGUUGUACUUGGAGUAUCUCAGGCUGGUCUCUCGCAAUAUUUGAAGAGAAGAUACGGAGAACAGGAAGAACCAAUGCCUAAAGGAAUAAGGCUAAGGGCAGCUCUGCUUGUAAACAUACGACCGGCUACUGGACUCCAGGAUCUAGCUGAUAUAAUGGCAAAGGGAUCAAAGUGUACAUGGGGAAAUUGGAUCGGCUACAUAAUCUUUCCAUUCUCUAUUGCAUUCUGCGAUGAUCCAUUGGAACAUCUCCGACGAGCCAAGUCCAUAAUCGACAGGAAGAAGAACUCUUUUGAAGCCCUGCUAACGUUCAUUGUCGGUAAUUUCAUUGUAAAGUCGUUUGGGGUUCAGAGCGCAGCAAAUAUACUAAAGAGAGCAUUGUCAAACACAACGAUGUCAUUUUCAAACUUGGUUGGUCCGAUUGAAGAAAUUAGCUUCUAUGGCCAUCCCGUCACUUACAUGGCCCCAAGUGUGUAUGGUCAUCCCCAUGCGUUGACGAUGCAUUUUCAAAGUUAUACUAGAUUUUGACCCGCGAUGAACAAGAUGACCGUUUCUUUAACCGUUGAUCCAACAGUCAUUAGUGAUCCUCAUCGGCUAUGUGAUGAUUGGGAGGAAUCUCUAAGAAGCAUCAAAGCUGCUGUCCAAGAGAAAAUUAAGUUGUACCCAGUAGAUUGAGAUAUUUCUUCUUUUAUUUUGAAAAA